GACGGGGCGGGCAGGGCAGGCCGCCUGGACGCCCCGGGGGGGCGCGGGCUGGGCCACGGCGCCAUGGACUGCACGUUCGAAGGUAUUUCUUUGAGGACCCCCACCCUUUGUAACAGUCCCCCAUCUCCGCUGCGGGCUAUCAUCUCGCUUCCCACGGUGGGGCUAAGGAACUCAGUCGGAGUAGGAAAGAGCCCUGGAGGCGGGGUGCUAGUCCCUGGCUCUCUGGAGAGGCCUGUGGAUAACCCCCCAGUCUUGUCAGUUCUCUCCUGGUCCAGGGGAAGGGUUUGUGUAGAGACCCGACUGUAGCACUGGGUUUUGGAGGGAGAGGGUGGCCUUCCUCCCAAGCUCUGCUCCUCUGGGGAGGGGGGUGGGCAGGAAGCAGGAAGGAAGAGAGUUCGUUGUCCUUCUGUGUCUGGGGUCUGACCUGUUUGGUGUCCCUGCUUUUGGGGUCUCGAACCGCCUGGUUCCCAGUCCUGGAUUCAGUCAGUUUUUUUUCAGGGCCUCAGUUUCCCCAUCUUCACAGGCUCUUGUGGACUGGGUGAGAGAUCCUGCAGUUGGAAGCACAUUUGACCUGUAUAAUCCUGGAGGGCUGUGAAGGGUUUUUAUGUGAGGACCCCUGCGAGGCAGAACCUGGCACCCCCUCGAUCUCUGCUGAAGCUUUAGGGACCCCUUCUGCUGGGACACCUGUCAGAGGGAGGGGAUCUGGCAACAUUGAGCUUCCACUCUGAGCAGCCACUCCUGGGGCAAAGCAGCUGCCCAAAAGGGCCCAAUCUCCUCUAUUUUACAGAUGAGGAAACAGGCCCAAUGAGAAGAGGCUGUUGGCCUCGGCCUCACUUUGAGUCAGGGGCGGGCAGGGCUGGAAGCACAGGCUGGGGACCUCAGGGACUGGGAGGGGCUCCUGGUUUGUGCUCAUGGGUGUUGCAGAGAGCCCUUUGACCUGGUAACCCAGCGGGUGGGUGUCCUGAGCGAGUCAGAGGGACCUGGGCUGAGCUUGCCAGGCUGCUGAGUGCCAGCUGGGAGAGAGGGCUGUGGCCAGGCAGGGGUAGAAGGGGAGGGAUCCCACGCUGUACCAGGAGGAAAGAAGGACAAACUGCACUCCCUUUGGUGGAGGGGAGACCAAAGCCCCGAAUAGCCGGGCCUGGUCCAUCAGGGCUGGGGUUUGUGCCCAGAACACACGGAGACACUCUGGUUGGCUGCGUGACCAGCAGCUGGCUUGGCCCUGAGCCUCGGUCUGUGCCACUGAGGAAUGGGUUGGUGAUGGCGGCUUUGCUCCUGGCUUCCUGGGGGGUGGGAAGGGGAGGUGCAGAGACAAAAGGCUGGGCAUCUUGUAGAGCGGGCUGAAUCCCCUGUGGGUUCUGCCUCCUCAUGGCCAGCAGCUGGGGUGUUGGGUCAGGUGGAGUCUGUGCAUCUGUAAGUCACUUUCUAUGGCUCAGUUUCCUUAUUAUAGAGUGGCUGAUGGUCAUACUGCCUUCCUAGACCUCAUGUCAGCCCAGGCCACCAUUUCUAAAUCCCAUCUGUAAAAUGGGCUGAGUCAUACCCCACCUUUUGAGUGAGUUCUUGUGUUUGUCAGACCCAUCAUGCAGGAAGGCAGGAGGUAUCCUAGCUCUGAGAUGGGGACCUCUUGGGGGACAGCCCUACUGCUAUUUGUCUUUGGGGAUCCUGUGCAGCCCUCGGAGGAAUGGGGCACAGGACCCAUAGUGGGGCUGGUCAUGGAGGAUCCCACCACCUCUCAGAGCCAUCAGCCAGUCUACCUUUCCCUGGGCCUCUCUCUAACCCCCGUAAACCGGAGGAGGGCUUCAGCUACUUCUCAGCAAUCUCUAAGUUCCCCUCUCUAAUUUUGUGCCCAGAGGACCCUGCUGGACAGCCUUGAAGGAAAGGGUCAGGAGUGGCCAGCAGUGGGGUGUGAGCCAGUCACCUGUCUGAAGAGCCUCUGUCUCCUCCCACCUGCCCUAGGUGGCUGCCCCCCCCCCCCCCCACCGCACCGCCCGGGCUGAGGAUGAAAGCUGCCUGGCCUAGGGCUUUCCCUGUGAACAGUCCUUGUCUGCACUCCCCACCCCAAGGAUUAGAUGUGCUGGCUCUGUGAGGCCUGCCCCCAUUUCAUAGAUUGGGAAACUAGUGGGGCCAGACCAAGGCUUACCUGGACCUUUGGACUCCCUUUGUCCUGGGCUGGGUGGGUAUGCUUCUUCACAGAGCUGGUCCUGGGGUGGGGGUGGUGAUGGAGUGUGGAGAGGCUGACUGGAAGGGCUUGUCACCUCCAGAGCAAGCGCUUGGCUGGGUUGGAGCCCUCAGUGCAAGGCCUCUAUGAGUGUGUGUAUGUAUGAGAGCCCACAGGUGGACGUUUUCUAGAGGGUAUGCUCCAUGAGGGCAGGAGUGAAAAUCCACCACUGUCCACAUCAAGAUACACAACAUCUCCAGCUUCCCAGAAAGUUCCCUGGUUCUGGGCCGGGAAUUUUUCCUGUUCUGUUCAUAGUCAGGAACAGUGCCUGGAAUGGCACAUGGGCGCUCAGUGGAUAAUGCUGGUUGAGUGAAUGAGUGUGUGUGUGCGUGGGUGGAGGGUGUUAGCAGAUGUCCAGACAAAUACAGGGCUGUUAAGAGCUCAGACUCUGCAGCUGGCAGUGCCCCAGCUCCACCCCACCCUAGCUGCAGGCCAAGUUAAUGAGUUUCAUGGAGCCAUGGCCCCAGCAAGUCACGGCCCCCUCAAGUUAUUGCAGGGGCUUUUCAGAUGUACCUGGGGCACCAGGCCUCACUUGGGUGCCCAAGAAAUGGCUGUGGUCUGGAAGCAUGGGCUGGUUUAUGCUGGUGGGCUUGUGUCCUGUGGCAAUGCCCACAUGUAUUGGCUGCGUGGACAAGAGCAUGCAUGUAUGUUUGCGUGUGUAAGUGUGUGACGCUUGUCCAGGGCCAGCCCUCCCAUUGUAGGUUCACAUGCCUUCCUACUUCCACAGACAUGCUUCAGCUCAUCAACAACCAGGAGAGCGACUUCCCGGGCCUGUUCGAUGCCCCCUAUGCUGGGGCAGGGACCGGGGGCACAGAGCCAGCCAGCCCCGACGCCAGCUCCCCAGGCAGCUUGUCGCCACCUCCUGCCAUGCUGGACUCCCCCCUUGAAGGCCUCCUGGGGGGCUCCAAGGCAGCAGCACCCCUGCCCCUAUCCCCUUCCCAAACUACACCCACCCCAUUGAAGAUGUACCCGUCUGUGCCUGCCUUCUCCCCUGGGCCUGGUAUCAAGGAGGAGCCAGUACCACUGAGCAUCCUGCAGCCCCCUGUCCCACAGCCCCUGCCAAGAGCCUUGCUGGCUCAGAGCUUCCCAGUCCCAGCUCCGUCCGUGCCCCCGUGCAGCUCAGCCCCUGUGCUGGGCUACUCCACCCUGGCUGCAGGCUUCUCUACAGGUUCCUCUCCAGCAAACACUCAGCAGCUGUUGACUAGCCAGCCACAGGCUUCCCUGACAGGGGUUCCCCCUGGCUCCUUGCACACCCAGGUCCAGAGCGUAGCCCCCCAGCAGCUGCUCGCAGCCACAACCAGCCCUUCAGCAGCCCCUGGGAUGACCACUGUGGCCUCGCAGAUCCAGCAGGUCCCAGUCCUGCUUCAGCCCCACUUUAUCAAAGCUGACUCACUGCUCCUGACGACCAUGAAGACGGAUGUGGGAGCCGCUGUGAAGACGGCAGGGAUUGCCUCGCUGGCCCCUGGUGCUGCUCUGCAGACAGGGCCUUUGCAGACCCUGGUGAGUGGCGGGACCAUCCUGGCCACAGUGCCAGUGGUGGUGGACACGGACAAGCUGCCCAUCAACCGGCUGGCAGCCAGCGGCAAGGCCCCCGGUGUGGCCCAGAGCCGUGGUGAGAAGCGCACGGCCCACAAUGCCAUCGAGAAGCGCUAUCGCUCCUCUAUCAAUGACAAGAUCGUAGAGCUCAAGGACCUGGUGGUGGGCACGGAGGCGAAGCUGAAUAAAUCAGCUGUCUUGCGCAAGGCCAUCGACUACAUCCGCUUCUUGCAACAUAGCAACCAGAAACUCAAGCAGGAGAAUCUGAGUCUGCGGACUGCUGCCCACAAGAGCAAGUCUCUGAAGGAUCUGGCGUCCACCUGUGGCAGUCGGGGAAGCACAGAUGUGCCCAUGGAGGGCGUGAAGCCGGAGGUGGUGGAUGCACUGACCCCGCCCCCCUCGGAUGCUGGCUCACCCUCCCAGAGCAGCCCCCUGUCACUUGGUAGCAGGGGCAGUGGUGGUGGUGGUGGCAGUGACUCGGAGCCAGACAGCCUGGUCUUGGAAGACAGCCAGGGGAAGCCUGCGCUGCUGUCCCCCUGCAGCCGGGGCCUGCUGGACCGCUCCCGCCUGGCCCUGUGCACCCUCGUCUUUCUCUGUCUGUCAUGCAACCCCCUGGCCUCCCUGCUGGGUGGUCAGGGCAUCCCUGGCCCCCCGGAUGCCACCAGUGCCUACCAUGGUCCUGGGCGCAACGUGCUGUGCACCGAGGGCAGAGAUGGCCCUGGCUGGGCCCAGUGGCUGCUGCCCCCACUCAUCUGGCUGAUUAACGGGCUGCUGGUGCUGGGCUCCUUAGCACUCCUCUUUGUCUAUGGAGAACCAGUCACACGGCCACACUCGGGCCCUGCUGUGCACUUCUGGAGGCAUCGCAGGCAGGCUGACCUGGACCUGGCCAGGGGGGACUUUGCCCAGGCUACCCAGCAGCUGUGGCUAGCCCUUCGGGCACUGGGCCGGCCUCUGCCCACCUCCCACCUGGACCUGGCAUGUAGUCUGCUCUGGAACCUCAUCCGCCACCUGCUGCAACAUCUCUGGGUGGGCCGCUGGCUGGCCAGCCGGGCAGGGAGCCUGCAGAAGGAUGGCUCCUUGCAGGCAGAUGCACGCAUCAGUGCCCGGGACGCUGCUCUGGCCUACCAUCAACUGCACCAGCUGCAUACCAUGGGAAAGUAUACUGGCGGGCACCUCGCUGCCAUCAACCUGGCACUGGGUGCCCUGAACCUGGCUGAAUGUGCGGGUGAUGCGGUGUCCAUGGCAACACUGACUGAGAUCUAUGUGGCAGCUGCCCUGAGGGUUAAGACCAGUCUCCCUCGGACCUUGCAUUUCCUGACUCGCUUCUUCCUGAGCAGCGCCCGGCAGGCCUGCCUGGCUCAGAGCGGCUCCAUACCCCUUGUCAUGCAGUGGCUUUGCCACCCUGUGGGCCACCGCUUCUUUGUGGAUGGGGACUGGACCGUGCACAGUGCCCCACGGGAGAGCCUGUAUAGCUUGGCUGGAAACCCAGUGGACCCCCUGGCCCAGGUGACUCAGCUGUUCCGUGAACAUCUCCUGGAACGAGCCCUGAACUGUGUAGUCGAGCCCAGUCCUGGCCUUGGGUCAACUGAUGGAGACCGGGAAUUCUCAGAUGCCCUUGGGUACCUGCAGCUGCUGAACAGCUGCUCCGACGCCACUGAAGCUCCCGCCUGCAACUUCUCCAUCAGCUCUGGCACUGACCCAGUGUCCAAGUGGUGGGCGUCACUGGCGACCGUGGCAAUCCACUGGCUGCGGCGGGACGAGGAGGCGGCCGAGCGACUGUGCCCACUGGUGGAGCGCCUGCCCCGUGCCCUGCAGGAGUCCGAGAGAGCCCUGCCCAGGGCGGCCCUGCAUGCCUUCAGGGCUGCUCGGGCCCUGCUGGGCCGCAGUAAGGCAGAGCCCGUGCCGGCCAGCCUGGCCUUCUGUGAGAAGGCCAGUGGGCACUUGCAGGACAGCCUGGCCACCAUGCCAGCUGGCAGCUCCAUCGACAAGGCCAUGCAGCUGCUCCUGUGUGACCUGCUGCUCGUGGCACGCACGAGCCUGUGGCAGCAGCAACAGCCACCGGCACCAGCUCAGGCCUCCCCAGGGACAGGCAGUGGUGGGCCCCAGGCCUCAGCCCUGGAGCUGCGUGGCUUCCAGCAGGACCUGAGCAGCCUUCGGCGACUGGCCCAAAGCUUUAGGCCCGCCAUGCGGCGUGUGUUCCUGCAUGAGGCCACGGCCCGGCUGAUGGCAGGGGCCAGCCCCACACGGACCCAUCAGCUCCUGGACCGGAGUCUGAGGCGGCGGGUUGGCCUGGGUGGCAAAGGAGGUGCGGGGGCGGAUCUGGAGCCGCGGCCCACAAGGCGGGAGCACGCUGAGGCCCUGCUGUUGGCCUCCUGCUACCUGCCCCCCGGCUUCCUGUCGGCGCCCGGGCAGCGCGUGAGCAUGCUGGCCGAGGCAGCGCGCACGCUUGAGAAGCUUGGCGACCGCCGGCUACUGCACGACUGCCAGCAGAUGCUCCUACGCCUGGGCGGCGGGACCACCGUCACAUCCAGCUAGACCCCAGACGCAGCAUAGACCCCAGGCAGCGGCGUCCCCUGCAGGAGCCACGCUGGAGGCAGUGCCGGAGACCCCGGUCUAUCUCCAACGGUUCGCCCCCCCGGGCUGCACUGUAUCUUGGGGGAUGGGAGGCCCGCGCGGAUCUUUGUUUCUGACCCUUGGAGGCCAGAGGGGACGUGACCCCACCAUCCUGAUUGCUCCCCAACUGGGCGACCGGCAGCAGGAAGCUGCUGACCUCUGGUGGCCGUUCUGGGGGUUGCAGGGGCCGAAGGUGGGAGCCGCAUUUCACCCCCUUGUUCCCCAGGCACUGAGGUGGCCCUUUUCCUCUCCUGUCUAGAGGGAAGAGGGGUCAACUUGGCCAUCCUGGCCAGCAAUGCUCCCUUCCCCUUUCUGGGGAGACUUGUACAUAGUGUAGAUCAGGGUGUGUCUGCCUCCCAGCCUCAGGCUCACAUGCUUUGUCCUUUGCAGACUUUAUUUUCAUAGGUUGAGAAGUUUUGUACAGAGAAUAAAAAAUGAAAUUAUUUAUAACUUGAGUUUGGGGUGUGUGCUUCAGCUGAUAGGCCGACCAGUGGGCCGGGCUGGUGGGGGGUGGGGGGGUCUUUGGCCAAUCCCUUCCCCCAGCAUCUAGACAAAGGCUUCUCGGCCCCCUAGGGACAGUGGCAGGGCCCUGUCUCGCAUUUGAUGUGAUGGGGGUCCUGGCUGUAUGUUGUAUGUUAGUCCUGCCCCACGAAGCUCUGGGCCACAUCUUUGUGCUUUCAACCCCUAACCCUUCAGGCUUUGAUGGUCUCAGUUGUUCCCGCCCACCUCCCAGCUUCAGCCCCCAUCAGAUCUGGGGUGACAUGGGAGGAUGGACUCAGUGUCCUCGUGGGUUUGCUUUGGCAGGAGGAGCUACAACCUGGGUCUCCUGCUGUAUGUCUGGGUGCCUCCCUCCACCCAUGUCCCCUAGUCAUCUCCUCACACACAGAGUGUUGUACCACCAUCACAGCGGAACCCUGGGGCCACAUGGGGGCGAUCUGGUAGCAGGGGCCUGUUUGCUGCUCCUACAGGAACAGCGAAGAAUCCCUGAUUCCCCAUUUGUGACCCCUGAGCCCUUCCUUCCACUCCACCCCCUCCAGAAGCCUGGCCCCUCUCCCAGGGGGCUCUGGUCAGAAGCCAAGGGCUGCAGACUUCCAAAA